AUGGCUAUCAAGGUAAUCGGGUUCGCUGCAUCUACUUGUGCUCAGGUUGUGCUCAUGACUCUUAAUGAGUUAGGUGUACUUUAUGAGUUCGAAGAGAUUGCAUAUGAAGAUAUCAAGAAACCGGAAUACUUGGCCAAACAUCCAUUCGGACAAGUCCCGGUUCUCAUUGACGACGAUUUCCAACUUUUCGAAUCUCGUCCAAUGUCUAUUUAUUUGGCAAAAAAAUAUCAAGGAACUAAAACUUCCACUAUACUUUACCCUACUGAUGAUCUACGAAAAGCCGCAUUGGUGGAUCAAUUCAUCUCGAUAGAAUACUCGAAUUAUGAUGUAGCUAUCAAAAAAAUAGCCGUGGAGGAAAUAUACACAAAAUUUAAUGGUAAAACUCCUGUUCAAGAAAAUAUUAUAGCAGGUCGUGAAGCACUUUCUAAAGUGUUGGAUGUUUAUGAAAAACUCUUGGAGGGCAAAGAUUAUUUGGCUGGUGAUUUCUCCUUGGCUGACAUUUUUCAUAUACCUUACACUUAUAUCUUUUAUCAACGAAAUCAUCGUGAUUUGUGGGAUGAUCCUAAACGUCCCAACGUUGCUAGAUGGUGGAAAAACCUUAGCGGUCGUGAAAGCUGGAAAAAAAUUCUCCAUAAAUAUGAAGGAAAAUUCCUUUAA